ACAAAAAUUCCAAUAAAUUAGGCGGUGAAGCUCAGGAGUCAGGUAAGCAGCCAGUACGAAGACAAGAAAUCUCAUAGCCUAUAUAGCUUGAGAAAGAGGAAAAUCACUUGUUCUCCGAUCAAUAGAGAUAUCAAGAGGUGAUUUUAUAGGUUAUAAUGGCGAGUGCGGCGAUGGAGACUCGGAAGGUGGAGGAUGCGAAGCCGCAGCACCAUCAAGGCGGUGGCGUCGGUGGGGGGGAAGGGCUCCGCCAGUAUUACCAGCAACGCAUUCAGGAUAUGCAGCUGCUAGUCCGUCAAAAAGUUCACGAUCUCCAGCGCCUAGAAGCUCAGCGCAAUGACCUCAAUGGCCGAGUGAGGUCAUUAAAGGAAGAAUUGCAGCUCCUUCAGGAGCCUGGAUCUUAUGUUGGCGAAGUUGUCAAAGUUAUGGGAAAAUCGAAGGUCCUUGUCAAGGUACAUCCUGAAGGGAAGUAUGUUGUUGACAUUGACAAGAGCAUUGACAUCACCAAGAUAACUCCUUCAACCAGAGUUGCUUUACGUAAUGAUAGCUAUGUGCUCCAUUUGAUUCUUCCAAGUAAAGUAGAUCCAUUGGUGAAUCUUAUGAAAGUAGAAAAAGUUCCAGAUUCUACUUAUGACAUGAUUGGUGGUCUUGACCAGCAAAUUAAAGAGAUAAAGGAGGUUAUUGAACUUCCAAUCAAACAUCCUGAAUUGUUUGAGAGUCUUGGAAUAGCUCAACCUAAGGGAGUCUUGCUAUAUGGGCCUCCCGGCACAGGUAAAACACUGCUUGCCAGGGCAGUGGCUCACCAUACUGACUGCACUUUUAUCCGAGUCUCUGGAUCUGAAUUAGUUCAGAAGUACAUUGGAGAAGGCUCUAGGAUGGUCAGAGAACUUUUUGUGAUGGCCAGAGAGCAUGCUCCAUCAAUCAUCUUCAUGGAUGAAAUUGAUAGCAUUGGAUCUGCUCGUAUGGAAUCUGGAAGUGGCAAUGGGGAUAGUGAAGUUCAGCGAACUAUGCUGGAGCUUCUCAAUCAGCUUGAUGGUUUUGAAGCAUCUAAUAAGAUAAAAGUCUUGAUGGCUACCAAUAGGAUUGACAUUCUGGACCAAGCUCUUCUUAGACCAGGAAGAAUUGAUAGGAAAAUUGAGUUCCCAAAUCCCAAUGAAGAGUCUCGGUUUGACAUCUUGAAGAUUCACUCAAGGAAAAUGAAUUUGAUGCGAGGAAUUGAUCUGAAAAAGAUUGCUGAGAAAAUGAAUGGAGCAUCUGGUGCAGAACUCAAGGCCGUUUGCACUGAAGCGGGAAUGUUUGCCCUGAGAGAAAGGAGAGUUCAUGUUACUCAGGAGGACUUUGAGAUGGCUGUUGCCAAGGUUAUGAAGAAAGAAACAGAGAAAAAUAUGUCUUUGAGAAAGCUUUGGAAGUAGAUUAUAUAUAGGUCUGGCAACUACAAACGUUGUUGAUCUGGUGUGGGUUACCAACAUUAUCCCAGGUGAGUGCUUGAACAUGAAUGUAACCACUUUUGAUAACCCAUAUCUUAUCAUGAAUUCGUGCCUUCUGUUUCUGUACUUCACUAAUGGAAAGAAGUUAACUUUUCAACCUUUGAGUGAAUAA